AUGGAUUCGGAAGGUGCCACGUUUGAGCGCGGCCGCAUGGAGGCGAACGUGCAGGCGAUCUGCAUCCAAGACCCUGCCGGUGUCCCCGACUCGCUGAAGGAGGCCGCGAAGGGCGUCAAGGUCAAGCCGAGCGACGUGUCCUACUUGACGCAAGAGUUCCUUCUGCCCACACACGCCGCCGAGGCGGCACUCGUCGCGAGCGGCGGCGAUGUACAGGCUGCCGUCUCACGUCUUCUCCGUAGCGCGAGCGCAUAG